AAAGCGGGGGUUUAUGGAAAACCCAAAGAUUUAUAAAAUAUUCUAGGGUAUUUUCUGUUACUCCCGUGUUAUUCACCGCCGAGAUGAAGAGAUACAACUGUAUAAAUCGCACUGCAAUUGAGCGAACGCAGUCAUUGAAUCGUCUCAAUUGUCGCAGCGAUGAAGUGCUUUUCGAUUUUGUUUGCGCUACUGGCGCUCAUUUCCUUUGUAGAAUUUGGAUAUGCUCGAACAAUUCCUAGGAUUACCAUACGAAAUGGCGACAUUAUAGUUCAUGGAAAUUGCCAUGGUUGCACAGCACGUGCCACCAAAAACUCGGCUCACUUAUCAAUCAAAUUUACGCGAAGAUGGUAAAUGUUGUAUGUGUUAUAUAAAUAAAUUAACUCCAACUUGCCAUAAUAAUUAAAAUAAAAUAAAUUAAAAAUACUAAGUAUUAGCUUGUGUGCAUAAAAUAAAAAGUAGUAACUAUUAUG